AUGAGUGUCUCCGGACUGGCACCACCACCCCCGUUCUUGCCCAAGCCUGGCCACCCUGCUGUUGCCUGGCCACAAUGGAUCCACAUCUUCGAGAAUUUUCUGCUCGCAUCUGGUGUUUCGGACUGUGUGCCGGACCGUUGCAAGGCUCUCCUCAUCCACAGCCUCGGCGUAGAAGGCCAGCGCAUAAUUCACACACUACCGCUUCAGUCUUCUGCUAACGCAAAGUCCGGCUCGUUUCCUGGUGCUACAGUGGAGAAAAACUCUUCAAGUAGCUCUCCUCUGCUAAGCAGUGAUGACAAUCCAUUCAUGACAGACCUGGCACAUCCAACUCUACUGCGAACUGUGAAAAUGCUCUGUGACUGGCUCGUGGGACGCACUGAUUUGAUCGGACCUUGCACACAGGUCAAAACACCCUUGUGGCAGCACUUGGCCUCCCUCCUAAACUUGGUGGUGCCAUUCAUCUCACCACCGUAUCCUAUCGAACUUACAGAAAAGACGCAACCGGACAUGCAAACCAUGUGCCCAUUACCAGAAGACAUCUGCCUGCAGGGAACUGAAGCAUUGGCUGCAGCUCACAGCAAUAUUGACUGGAAGCUGAGGGCACAAGAUGGACAAGAGUGCCAGCUACGCCUUCUGUACCUGGUGCGCUUUGGGCAGUGGCUAUCUCAGAGACCAGGAUCUGGGUUGCUAUACAGCCAUGGCCAGUUCCAGCACAAGGUGCCGACAAUGACCAAUAGCACUUCACCAGGGUCAUUAACCAAGGAUGUCCUCACUGGGGGUGGUGGUGAGGAAGGAGGGUUCGACGAGAAGCGCGAGUGGGUGAUGCGAAGCAUGGCCCAUCUGUGGCUGGAGCAUGAGGUGCGGGACCUGGAGGUGCAACUGGUCCAGGCAAGCAAGCACGCCGCACUACCACCCUAUCUGGUGCCACACACUCAGGUGCUCUGCACACGCUUGGUUCUCCUGCGGCGCCUUGUGGCCUCCCGACGCUUUGUGGUGGUCGUGCCUUCGCAGGUGAUCGCGUGCCUGGACCUGCUGAAACGGGAAAGCGUUGGAGCCCGGGACUCCAUCCGCUGGCUUGAGCGGGAGCUGCGCAGAGGAAGCAGAUAUGUGCGUUCUCAGAAGAGCCAUGAGCGCCUCUCUCUGUCUCCUAUGAAGUACCCAAACCGCAAGGAGAAAGAAGCCUGGGAGCUGUUCCAGAUCCUGGAGUGCUGCCACCACCUGGAGAAGCAGUGCCCUCGUGGAGGGCACCCAGCUGACAAGCCUCUGGUAACGCUACUUGUCUGUUCUGGGCCACCCGGCAUGCUCAGUGGCCUUCCACCCAAUGCAACUGCCUUCGCCAGCUCUGCAGGCAUCAACAUGGAGGUUGUGGAAGAAUUCGUCACCAAGUGGCUGACAGCGAGUGUGCCCUGA